AUGUUGACGAUCAGUAGGGGGCUGACCAAAAAAACGCGCUGGCACGAAAAAGUCGAGGACCGGCUGUCGCACUUGCAGCACAUCAAAUGCGACGAAGCUCCUGAAUCAUGCAGAAACUGCACCAGUACCGGUCGGUCUUGCGAAUAUGACCUCCAACGACUCCCCGCAUGGGUCGAGCCGGCCCUGAAAGGGAGGCCGCAGUCCAACAGCUUAUACCUCGGGCAAUCGAGGACGGGUUCCACUGGGUUGUAA